GUCGAUGAACAAAGGUAUACGAUCCCCACGAGGAAGACGCAGACCCCGUUGAGAAUAAGAGCAUAUAGUGGGAUACCGAGAGACGAGUGGAUUGAGGAGAGGUUCCGCGAGUAGAAUAGGGCUUCGUCGCGGGCAAAGGACCAGGUGAGUCGGGAGGCGGUUUGGUGGACGGCGUUGAAGGCAACGCAGGAAAUGACGAACAGGGCGGCCAUGAAGACUGUUGCUGCGGCUGGGGAGCGUGUGGCUUUUUCCCAGAUGAAGUAUAUAGGAAAUCUAAUACGUCAGUAUUAUCGGUAUGGGCACGGGUGAGCUACUCACCCUGUCUUGGUGGUCAAUGAGAGCUCGACGUUCCGGUAGCUGUAAAUGAUGCCAAUUGAAAAGGGGAAAGCCGUGAGGAACCCAACAAGGACGGUGACAAUAACUGCCUUUGGCACCACUCGUUCCGGGUUGAGACAUUCUUCUGCGAGGUGGAGAGUCGCGUCCAGCCCAGAGAGCAUGAACUGCGGCGUUGAGAGGCCGGUGAGGAAUGAUAUGCCGUCGGGCCAACCGCCGGAUCCAUUUACGAGUUUGGCCCAAAUCUCCCGGGAGUCGGCCUGUAUUUCUGAGCGGGCAGGGCAAGCGAUGGUUAUGACGACAAAGGUCGAUAUAGAGAGCAGAACUAGAGCGGAUUAGCGGGGUCGUGCGGAUGGGUCAGCAACAUACAGCCGACGUUGUAUACCCAGAGAGUCUUGUUGGUAAAAAGCGCGUUGUAUACGACGAUGAGGAUGUUGAGGAGCUGGUAUACAAGGAAAUAGUGCCAUGUCUGAGGCUCGUACUCUGGCCUCCAGCGAAUUAUAAUCGCCAUCAGUGCGUUUGUCCCGGCCAACCCGAUCGAGGCACCCAGGCAGAUCCAGGAGAAUAUCGCCGCGAGACCACUGAAGUAUGAGAGACUGCGGCUCCAUCGACGAGAGGCUAGAAUAGAUGUGAAGUGGUAUUGUCCACCCGCGGUGGGGUAGACGCUUGCGAGUUCAGCCAGGGUCACGCCCGUGCAGAGCAUUGCAAAGGUGACAAGCACGAUGCCAUAGAGCAGUGACACCGCGCCUCCAGACUGAAUGGCGAUGGCAAAGCUAGCGGCAAUAGCGACCCAGCUGUUUGAAAUGUUGUAUCCCACGGCGAUGAUGCUCAAAACGUUGAACUUGCGCUUCAUGGGCAUGUCGAGCUGGCCCGCGAUGCCAAUCUCGCCUUUGGCCAUCUCGGUUUCCAUGUCGGGUGUGACAUUGUUGGGCUUGCUUGUCGACGACUUGGUUCGUUCAACUGAGUCCAUGGCUCCUGGUUGUGGGUGGGUCAACUAUGGGAGAGAAUACUGCUUCACCCGGGCAAUGGUCUGGAUUCAGCGGACAGUAGCCCGCCCAAACUGAGAUUCCCUGGACGAGCGGACAUUAAGAACGAUUUCCAGUCCGUACUAGCCUCGGAACUGUUACAUCAGUUCGCGGUGCCUUGUGGGCAUCUGAUACAGAGAUACUGGCGAUAAGUGAUAUCGGAAUGAAUCUUGGAAUUCCGAGCCAAACUGGAGCGCGUAUCUCAACCAAAACAGGCGUUAUCAGAUAGCAACGCCGUCAUCAAGCGUAACAGCGGAAAUAGGUCCGGUAUGCUUGUGCGUCUCGGUUGAAGAUCAGCCUUUUCGUGCGGGGAACGGCGCUAGUCGUCUCAAUCCGUGUUUUGAGAGGCGAUUUUGGGCCCGAAAGCUGGAGGCCAGAACGCGGGGGCGGGAAUAGCGGAGUAGAUCCGCAUCGGCAUCCAUGGAUCGUGGUCAUCAUGAAGCGUGUCUCUUGGUUGGCUCGAGUUGUUUUGGCAAGGCCACAGGGCAGAAUUUAAACAGAAGUGAGUGUUAGUGGUACCAUGCUAAUGGAUAUUCAGUCUCAGCCUCUCAGCUUCGGCUCUCUUUUCCGUAAUAAGUGCUUACUGGUUAUGUAGACAAGCAUAUAGAUCGUGACAGACCUCGUGUAAUAUCAAAAUUUCCAGCGACUUAGAUGUCCACGGUGUGUCCUCGGCCUUGGAUGGUGGUUAGGGUCAGUUCUUGGGCGAGACAGAUAGCGUAAAGGCUGACGCAGCCCUUCCCUCCUCGUAACUGCUGCAAUCGCCAGGUCCAUUAUUGUCAUGUUAUCUUUCGCCUUCGAUGGGAUAUCAUAUUACCCGGGAAAUAUGGGUUGGCGAUUGGAAUCUGGAGAAGAUUGAAGCAUGAAAGGCUCGUGCCGACAUCUCACAAGCUAAGCAUAUCCCACCUUUGUCGGUAGUAGUAUGACAGGCACGAAAACGUCUAGGCAACUUCCAGCUCCAUACUUGGUACAUAAGCUCUCCGAAGUGGCAUAAUAUAUGGAAAGCGCAACGUCGCACGGCCAGGCAGAAAAUGUUCUGCCUGAGGCUGCCAAUCGUGAUCGCUUAGAGGAGGUUGAACAGCUGAUUGGAUCGCAGUGCGAUGCGGAGAAACCUCCGAGAUGACAUCUGACCCAACGUUGCUCUGAGAUCACAAAGUUUUCUCCCCUCAACUGUCCCGGAGUUGGACGUCCAGCUGAUAGAAAUUCCCCGACGUAAGCGUUAGGUUUGCUUGAGACCUUGAGGACACUCGGCUGGCACGCCUGACGCGGACCGGGUUACGAUUUUGCCUCUCUGCUGGAUGCACCGCUGAUUCCCUGAUGUCUUAACAUUUCCCCAGAAGCGUUAGAUCCGGGGGUUCGGCUCCGCGGCGCGUCCGUUGUUGAUGGCAGUGGGGCCACUAACUCAACGUUGUAGAAUCACAAGCCACCUAGGUCGUGAGGUCGCCUGGCUUGUCCCUAAUACGAAACACGAGGCCAAUCGGACGAUGGUCGGGUAAUAUGUGCGCAAUCCAGACGGUAUCUGAUCUCUUGGUCCUUGCAACGGUUGUCAACACAUGCCCGUUGAACAGAGACAAGAGUGCUGCAGCAAUGUUGUGUUGUUAGAGACCAGGCAUGGGUACCCACUCUGCCAGGUGAUCGCAGCACCCAGUGUAAGAACUUAAUUUGCAGUGGGCAUGGCAGCAUCUACUACUACUCCAACUACCACUACCACCUUGUCAGAAAUCUCCCGCUUAGGCCUGCUAUUUCCCCGAUUAGACAACCCAGCCGUGCUUAUUUGCCAAGGGGCUAUGUCUCCCAAAACAUGGAAGUGAUCAUGGUGGUGGUCCAAUUCCCUUCGAGGGUCUGCGGACUUCCGCAAAGCACAGGGAGGCAUCGGGCCGGCUCUUCGUCGUUCCUGCUUCAGAGUCAAUUCGAGGGCAUUAAGAUUUUCGCAUCCUCCUUCGGAUGCUUGCCUUUCCGCGAUCCGUUCAGCUCCUUCUUUCUUCAUGCUUCACUGCCGCUCGUUGCUCUUGCCUUCCUUUCGCUCCUCUCGCCCUCGUCAGCUCACUCCUGCUGGUGGUGCAUGGGGUAUACAGGUCUAACCCGAUCCAGCGUCCUUUGCCCACCUGCAUUCGCCUUCGCCCUUUUUCUCAUCUCUUCGCCUCCCUUAUUCUCUCGCUCGAGUAUGCCUACAGCGGCCUGACCACGGUGCAAUGUCUUCACAGCCACUGACUCCAGCACCCUCCGGGGGUGUUGUCUCAGCCGGUGCGGGGCAGCGCUCCCAUAACGCCAUUACCAGGCUCACUGAAAGCAAAGGAAUCGCGCAAAGCUCCAGCUCGGCCAAAGAGAAAGCAGACAGUUCCGACAUUACAUAUGCCAAUUCGGAGCAUGACAUUGACCACGAAGGAGAAGAGAAGAUCACUGCGCUUGCGAGGAGCCUGUCUCGUCUCUCGCACAAGACCACUACUGUCGACGGCACCAAUACCUUUCUUGAUACUAGCGACCCCCAGUUAGACCCCAACAACGAACAGUUCAAUGCUCGCAAGUGGACCAAGAACUUUCUCUCCGUUGCCUCUCGUGACCCCGAUCGCUACCCACGUCGCACGGCCGGUGUUUCGUUUCGCAAUCUGAGCGCCUUUGGUUAUGGAACCGCCGCCGAUUACCAGGCUGAUGUCGCGAAUAUGUGGCUCAAGGGAUACGGGUGGGCUCGCAGAAAACUUGGAUUCGGGGAUCGAGUUCGAAUUGACAUCUUGCGCGACUUUGAGGGAUUCGUCCGGAGUGGUGAGAUGCUGGUUGUUCUUGGACGACCCGGAAGUGGGUGCUCUACGUUUCUAAAAACGAUCGCCGGCGAGACCCACGGUCUAUGGCUCGACGAGGGUACGGAUAUCCAGUAUCAAGGAAUUUCUUGGGACGAAAUGCAUAGCCGUUUCCGCGGGGAGGUUAUCUACCAGGCGGAGACGGAGAUUCACUUUCCCCAGCUCACUGCUGGAGAGACACUACAAUUUGCAGCCAUGGCGCGUGCCCCGGCCAAUCGGUUCCCCGGUGUUACUCGAGAGCAAUAUGCCCUUCAUAUGCGCGAUGUUACAAUGGCCAUGCUCGGACUUAGCCACACGAUGAAUACGCAGGUAGGAAACGAGUUCAUUCGUGGAGUAUCAGGGGGAGAACGAAAGCGCGUUAGUAUCGCUGAAACAAUCCUUUGCGGCUGUCCUCUGCAAUGCUGGGAUAAUUCGACCAGAGGUCUUGAUAGUUCAACAGCUCUCGAAUUCGUGAGGAACCUUCGUCUUUCCACAGAGUAUACCGGCUCUACCGCUGUUGUUGCGAUAUACCAAGCUAGCCAGGCAAUUUAUGACGUUUUCGACAAAGCAAUUGUUCUGUAUGAGGGCCGACAAAUUUACUUUGGAAGUGCCUCGGAUGCCCGCCGCUUCUUCAUCGAGAUGGGCUUCGAUUGCCCUGAUAGGCAAACAACGGCCGAUUUCCUCACCUCUUUGACUAGCCCUACUGAGCGUCUAGUACGAGAGGGCUACGAAAACCGUGUUCCUCGAACUCCAGAUGAGUUUGCAGCUCGAUGGAAGGCAAGCGAAGAGCGCCAGAAAUUGCUCGAGGAUAUCGAGGCGUUCCAAAAUGAGUUUCCCAUCGGCGGUGACAAACUUGAGGAAUUCAAUCGUUCCCGUGCUGCGGAAAAGGCAAAAGGAACCCGUGCGAGCUCGCCAUACACGUUGUCCUACCUAAUGCAAAUUCGAUUAUGCUUGUCUCGAGGCUUUAUUCGUUUGAAAGGCGAUAUGAGCAUGACCCUCGCAACCACCAUCGGCAACAGCAUUAUGGCGCUAAUUAUCUCAAGCGUGUUCUUCAAUCUAGGCAACACAACCGAGGACUUUUUCUCACGCGGAGCUUUGCUAUUCUUUGCCAUUCUUCUUAACGCUUUCUCAAGCGCCCUGGAGAUUUUGACUCUCUGGCAGCAGCGACCUAUAGUGGAGAAACACUUCAAGUAUGCACUAUACCACCCAUCAGCAGAGGCAAUUAGUUCCAUGAUUGUCGACUUGCCGGCCAAGGUGCUUGUUUCGAUUGUGUUCAACAUCAUCCUCUACUUUAUGACUAACCUCCGACGGACUCCGGGACACUUCUUCAUCUUCUACCUGUUUUCAUUUACGACUACGCUAACCAUGUCCAACAUCUUCCGCUGGAUCGGAGCAAUCUCUCGGUCCAUGGCGCAGGCAAUGGUUCCUUCUUCUAUCUUCAUGAUGAUCCUUGUUAUCUACACGGGUUUUACCAUUCCCGUGCGGAAUAUGCAUCCGUGGUUCAGAUGGCUAAACUAUAUCAACCCUAUCGGAUACGCAUUUGAAAGUCUCAUGGUCAAUGAAUUCAGUGGUCGAACCUUUGAAUGCGGGCUAUAUAUGCCCGAUGGGCCCGGGUAUGAAGAUGCCCCUCGAUCGGCUCAAAUAUGCUCAGGUCGUGGGGCCGUAGCUGGUCAGGAGUACAUCGACGGUGAUGCCUAUUUGAACACCUCGUUCGAGUACUACAGGUCGCAUCUUUGGCGGAAUUAUGGUAUCAUCUUGGCUUUUAUGUUCUUUUUUCUGGCAACGUACAUUGUCAGCAGUGAGUUUGUCCGGGCGAAGCCUUCCAAGGGAGAAAUCCUCGUCUUCCCAAGAGGCAAAAUUCCUGCUUUUGCUAAGGAUAUUCGACGCGACGAAGAGGAAUCUCAUAAUGCAGAGAAGAUUCCACCGCUGGCCGGAGAAACUGACGAUCACACUGCGGCAAUUUCCAAGCAGACUGCGAUCUUUCACUGGCAAGACGUCUGUUACGAUAUUAAGAUCAAAGGCGAGAAUCGACGUAUUCUGGACCAUAUUGAUGGAUGGGUGAAGCCUGGCACUUUAACAGCAUUGAUGGGAGUCACAGGAGCUGGCAAGACCUCGCUUUUGGAUGUUUUGGCUGACCGUGUUACGAUGGGCGUGAUUACCGGUGAGAUGCUGGUGGAUGGCCGCCUGCGUAAUGAUUCAUUCCAGCGAAAGACUGGCUAUGUCCAGCAACAAGACUUGCACCUGGAAACCAGUACAGUGCGUGAAGCGCUUAUCUUUAGCGCGCUGCUUCGCCAGCCAGCCAGUCUUCCACGACGAGAAAAGGUGGCUUAUGUUGGAGAGGUCAUCAAGAUGCUCGGCAUGGAGGAAUAUGCAGAGGCUAUUGUUGGUGUCUUGGGUGAAGGCCUCAACGUCGAGCAAAGGAAGCGUCUUACCAUUGGUGUUGAACUUGCAGCCAAACCAGACCUUCUUCUCUUCUUCGAUGAGCCCACAUCAGGCCUUGAUAGUCAGACUGCCUGGUCCAUUUGCUCGCUAAUGAGAAAGUUGGCGGAUCAUGGACAGGCUAUCCUGUGUACCAUACACCAGCCAUCUGCAAUCCUCAUGCAGCAAUUUGACCGUCUCCUAUUCCUGGCAAAGGGAGGCAAGACCAUUUACUUUGGCGAGCUUGGCUCAAACAUGGAGACACUCAUCAAGUAUUUUGAAAACAAAGGCUCGAUUCCCUGCCCCAAGACCGCGAAUCCUGCCGAAUGGAUGUUGGAAGUUAUUGGUGCCGCUCCUGGAUCUCAUGCAGAUAGGGACUGGUCGGAAGUUUGGAACCAGAGCUCUGAGCGCGCCCAAGUCCGCGAGGAGCUUGCGCAGAUGAAGGCGGAACUCUUGCAGAAACCAGAGCCUCCUAAGACACCUGAGUAUGGGGAAUUUGCCAUGCCGAUCUGGUCCCAGUUUCUCAUCUGUGUCAAGCGAAUGUUUGAGCAGUACUGGCGCAGUCCCUCGUACAUUUAUUCCAAGGCUGCCAUGUGCAUUAUCCCUCCGCUCUUUAUUGGGUUCACGUUCUGGCGGGAGCCUGUCAGUCUCCAGGGCAUGCAGAACCAGAUGUUUGCCAUUUUUAUGCUGCUCAUCAUCUUCCCAAAUCUCGUCCAGCAAAUGAUGCCGUAUUUCUGUACACAGCGUGCAUUGUAUGAAGUGCGUGAGCGACCUUCGAAAGCGUACUCAUGGAAAGCCUUCAUGAUGGCCAGUAUCUGCGUCGAGCUCCCUUGGAAUAUCUUGAUGGCCGUCCCAGCAUACUUUUCAUGGUACUACCCGAUCGGGCUCUAUCGCAAUGCAGGGCCUGGCGAAACUGCUGAGCGCGGCGGGACGAUGUUUUUGUUGAUCUUGAUCUUUAUGAUCUUCACAUCGACCUUCAGCUCCAUGAUCAUUGCCGGUAUUGAGCAUCCUGACACGGGCAGUAAUAUUGCGCAGCUGCUAUUCUCGCUGUGUCUUGUUUUUAACGGUGUGCUCGCUUCGCCGCAGGCCCUUCCCCGGUUUUGGAUCUUCAUGUACCGAGUAUCGCCAUUCACGUACCUAGUGUCUUCGGUAUUGGCGACCGGACUGUCCGGGACAGACGUACAUUGCUCAGAUAUUGAGGUUCUCCAGAUACCACCACUAGAGGGGCAGAGCUGCUCCGACUACCUAGGCCCCUACGUCGAGAUGAUCCAUGGCAGAUUACUCGCAGACAGCCCGAACGGAGACUGUCGGUUGUGCGCGAUUUCUUCGACAGAUCAAUACCUCGAAGAACUAAGCAUCAACCCCGACGACAUUUGGCGCAAUGUGGGCCUACUGUUUGUGUACAUUGUGUUCAACGCAGUCAUGGCAGUUUUCCUGUACUGGCUGAUUCGCGUGCCGAAGAAAAAGUCGCAGCAGGCGAAGAAGCAGUGAAGACUGAAGAGGAGCAAGCGGAGCAAGAACAUGGCGCAGAGCAUUCUUGGCAAGGCGUUUACCGUCAAGAUGUAGAGGUUACAUUGAUAUGUGUAUUUACUUUUGUCGGCGAUCAACCUCAGAUUGUACGGAUAUAGGAUAUGAUACGAAUCAAUUAAUCUCUGCUCUCUGCUUUCUGCUUUCUUUUUGCUCGAGAUGCAAUGCAACCGUCAAUCGUCAUUAUCAUGCACCUCCAAAGUCAAAGCCCCUCUCCUCGUGCCAUACGGAUCCCGACGCCAUGUUUUUCGCUCUAAGCGCCAGGAAUCCGGGGGCUUGGGCACACGAGGCCGCCACAGCGUUUCUCCGUCGUGGCGCCGUCACCGCGAAAAUCAGUGCCAGUGGAGCCGAGAUAAACUUCAAUAGUCCGGGUCCAAGUCUUUUCAGAAGAUGAGAAGCCCGAACAAACGGCGAAGUUGGAAC